CAGCCAUUGCGCGCGCGCGCCUCCCGGGGGGUGCAACCCUGCUCCUCACCCUCUGCGUAGACGCCCGGGCAAUUAAAUACAAAAGGACCUGCACCUCUCCCCUCCCACCUUCCUCCUUUUCCUCCUUUUCCUGCUGCUGCUGCACGUCCAGUCGGACGGUCAUGACGGCGUCUCCGGAUUACCUGGUGGUCUUGUUCGGCAUCACGGCCGGGGCCACGGGGGCCAAGCUGGGAUCCGACGAGAAGGAGCUGGUCCUGCUGCUGUGGAAGGUGGUGGACCUGGCCAACAAGAAGGUGGGAGAGUUGCACGAAGUACUCGUUCGACCGGAUCAGUUGGAGCUGACCGAGGACUGCAAGGAAGAAACCAAGAUCGACAUCGAAAGCCUGUCUUCCGCCCAGCAGCUGGAACAAGCCCUCAGACAGUUUAACCAGUCAGUAAGCAAUGAGCUGAAUAUUGGUGUAGGAACUUCCUUCUGUCUCUGUACUGAUGGACAACUCCACGUCAGACAGAUCCUACAUCCCGAAGCUUCCAAGAAGAAUGUAUUAUUGCCUGAAUGCUUCUACUCCUUUUUUGAUCUACGGAAAGAAUUUAAGAAGUGUUGCCCUGGCUCACCUGAAAUUGACAAACUGGAUAUUGCAGCGAUGACAGAUGGAUUGAGUCUCGACAAGGAUGUUUCCGCCUCCCGAUUUGGAGCUUCCCAAGUUGAAGAUAUGGGGAAUGUUAUCUUAACGCUCAUUUCGGAACCUUACAAUCACAGGUUUUCAGAUCCAGAAAGAGUAAAUUACAAAUUUGAGAGUGGAACCUGCAGCAAGAUGGAACUUAUUGAUGAUAAUACCAUAGUCAGAGCAAGAGGCUUACCCUGGCAAUCAUCGGAUCAAGACAUUGCAAGAUUCUUCAAAGGCCUUAAUAUUGCUAAGGGAGGUGCUGCACUCUGUCUCAAUGCGCAGGGCAGAAGGAAUGGAGAAGCUCUAGUCAGGUUUGUAAGUGAAGAGCACAGAGAUCUAGCACUACAACGGCAUAAGCACCACAUGGGGAAUCGGUACAUUGAGGUUUACAAAGCGACAGGUGAAGACUUCCUGAAAAUUGCAGGCGGUACCUCCAAUGAAGUAGCUCAGUUUUUGUCCAAAGAAAACCAAGUGAUUGUCCGUAUGCGAGGACUCCCGUUCACUGCCACUGCUGAUGAAGUGUCGGCCUUCUUCGGGCAGCAUUGCCCCAUCACAGGUGGAAAGGAAGGAAUUCUUUUUGUCACGUACCCUGAUGGCAGGCCGACCGGUGAUGCUUUUGUCUUGUUUGCUUGUGAGGAAUACGCUCAAAAUGCGUUGAGGAAACACAAGGAUUUGCUGGGUAAAAGAUACAUUGAACUCUUCAGGAGCACAGCAGCCGAAGUUCAGCAGGUGCUGAACAGAUUCUCUUCCGCACCUCUCAUUCCACUUCCAACCCCGCCUAUCAUUCCUGUUCUACCUCAGCAGUUUGUGCCCCCUACUAAUGUCAGAGACUGCAUCCGUCUGCGAGGACUUCCAUAUGCUGCCACCAUUGAGGACAUCUUGGAAUUCCUUGGGGAAUUCUCCACGGAUAUCCGAACACAUGGAGUUCAUAUGGUACUAAAUCAUCAGGGCCGCCCAUCAGGAGAUGCCUUUAUCCAGAUGAAAUCUGCAGACCGAGCUUUUAUGGCUGCCCAGAAGUGUCAUAAAAAGACUAUGAAGGACAGAUAUGUGGAAGUCUUUCAGUGUUCAGCUGAGGAGAUGAACUUUGUGUUAAUGGGGGGCACUUUAAAUCGAAAUGGCUUAUCCCCACCGCCAUGUAAGUUACCAUGCCUGUCUCCUCCCUCCUACACGUUUCCAGCCCCUGCAGCAGUUAUUCCUACUGAAGCCGCCCUUUACCAGCCCUCUGUGCUUUUGAAUCCGCGAACGCUGCAGCCCUCCACGGCCUAUUAUCCAGCUGGCACUCAGCUCUUCAUGAACUACACGGCAUACUAUCCCAGCCCGCCAGGUUCGCCUAGUAAUCUUGGCUACUUCCCUACAGCUGCUAAUGCUAGCGGCAUCUCUCCCCAGCAUGGUGCGGUGGUCAGAAUGCAGGGCCUGGCCUACAAUACUGGAGUUAAGGAAAUUCUUAACUUCUUCCAAGGUUAUCAGUAUGCAGCAGAAGAUGGACUUGUACACACAAGUGAUCAAGCCAGGACUCUGCCCAAAGAUUGGGUUUGUAUUUAAGGGCCCCAGCAGUUAGAUCAUCCUCAGAAGAGAAGAUGUCUCCCGACUCUCUGAUGUUUAUGAACAACUACAGCCGGCUAAAUGGAAAUUCUGCUGUUCAUCUCUCAAUCGAUGAAGCUGUGCAGGAGAAAAAUCACCCCCCUCCCCCCACCCAGAAAAUCUUCAUUACUUGCGUUUCCUUGACUGGGGGGGACUGAGGAGAGCACCCUCCUUUCCUUCCCUUUCUCAGCCUAAUACCACUCAUACCUACAUUUCUUCUCUAAACUAGUCUGGAACCACUGAGCCUUCCCUUGAGGCAUAGGAACAGAUCACUGCACUUCUCUCUGAGAUGCCGCACUGAGCAACUUAAUUUAAAAAAAAAAAAAAUGAUCAGCUUAACCUGGUACAUCUUUAAAGUGAACUUUUCUGAAUAUCAAAACUUUUAUCAAUCCAAUUUGCUCAGGAGGUCUUCUAUUUUAGGGCUUUGUGCAUUUGAUAUUCUAUAGAAAUAUUUUCUUGCACCUUUGGGUUAGAAUUCUCUUUCUUCCAACAAUUUUAAAAAUAUCCCUCCGGGAAACACAGAAUAUACUUCUUGAUAGAUUCUGACUGGGCUUGAAUUUUUAUAAGUGUAGAUAUUGUUGAGAGAUCUUACAUAAACAAACUAAAGAGAAUGUGUCUCUCCGCAACAUAAGCAUGUAAAGCAUCACCGUUCUCUCUCCUUGUAAUGUUGUAUGUCUGACAGUUUCUUAAUGGGUUUUGCAGGAAACUCCAAACUUCUGUGAUUUACUCUUGAAAAGGCACUUAUCUUUUUCUAAUCUGAUCUGGAUGGGCUAAAAGAGAUCCACAGGGACAUGUUGUAAAUCUCUCUAGUGAACUUCACGGGGCUGAAUUUUUGGCACCUUGAAAAUACGUUAGGUCACGUAUUCAGAUUUUUGUUGGUAUCCAAAAUUGGUCCCCAUCUUCUUGGUGAUCCAUAUUUCUGGGUUCCAUUUCUAGACUCAUUUGAGAGGAAUGAUCUUACAAAAUCUUCUCCUAAAAUGACUUUCAGAUAACAGGCAGAGGAUUCAAGAGCCCUCAGACUCCUCUUCUGGGGGUAAGGGUAGACUUGUGAAACUUCACAUACUCUGUAACUACUAUAGUUGCUUUGAGGAUUCAGUUCCAAUUACUGUCAAGCUGAUAGACUUUUGUGCUAGUUUAAUGAUCAUGGACAACUCAAUUUGGUGAUGGGAUACAGGGGCUCACAAAUCACAGGCAACAUUCGUGGUCAGUGAAUGAAACAAUCAUACUUUUGUGUAAGAAUUGAAUUGACCAUAAUCCUGCGUUACAGUUUUACUUGGUAUUGUUAAGUAACUCUUGUAUCUUCUAAACACUGGUGGGGCAAAACAGAAAAAGGAAAAAUUACUAUCUGCAGAGAGAAAUUCUGUAAGAUGAAGAGGCUUUGGCAGGUUCUGAUUUAACUUUAAACACAUUUUUGUUUUUCGAGGCUGGCAUGAAACAGUCCUAUCCUAGAGCACAAAGUACUCCUUCUUUCUUAGAAAGAGACAUAUUGGAAGGAACUAUUCAUUUCUGAGAAGACAAACCAACAAAAAUAUAGCAUGAAUAUGAAGUGCCCUUUUUUUAAAAACAAUUAAUUUGAUUUUGGAGAGUAGAUGUUUUAUAUGAUUAAAAGCCAAGAGCCUGUGUUUAACAUAAACAUCCUAUUGCCUCACCUCUGUUUGGCAGAAACUUCUUUAAAAAAAUGCCAUAGUUGAUGGAUUAUCAUGUCACCUGAAUAUAAAAGUGCCUGUUGAAUUGAUAUGACAAAAAUAUCAUUUUAGAACGGUGGAACACGUGGCUCAAAUGGUCUUACCAAAACUCAAAGCAACCCCUGGCUUCCCAGAUAGCUCAGAUGUAAUGAACCGACGUGGUGUGUAUCAUUGAAAACUUUGAAAUAUCUGAAAGUGUAAACUACUCUACUCUUUCGAAGCCAGGUUCAGUUUACCUUUCAAAGACUGAGAAGCAUAAAGGGGGUCAUUUUUGAAAGGAAAACUGGCUAAGGCACCUUUCACUCGGGCUGUUGAACCCAAGGAUCGCGGCUAAUGCUUGCCCUGUAAGUUAAGAGUUAUUUGGCAUAACUUUUGCAGUGUAUUUUCUGAGAUAGGAACGGGAAAAUGGUGUAUCUAUAAGAAUUGAAGCCCUGGGAAGAUUUAAGGAAUCAUAAGUUUCUUACUCAUAAAUUGACUUGUAUUUCUUUGAGUUACUACUUUUGCAGGUCAUUGUGGCAUGCCAAUCUGCCAGUGGUUUUCUUUCGAACUACGGCACUCGGAGGAGACUAGAAGGUUACCCACAUGGAGAAUUUUAUUACGCUGUGCGCCUGUUUACAAACCAUUAUGCUUUACUGUGCACUUUUGCAUAUUCAAAACCAAUAUGGAUUUCUUAAAUCUGGAUUUGAUCAGGCAGAUAUGUCGAGAAGGUUUAAAUAGCUACUAUCCCUAAUUACAGAGCUGAGUGACUUCAAUCAAUGGAACAUAUUUGCUGUUUAAGAUUCUAAAGAUGGCAAAACAGAUCUAGAGAUAAAGGGACAUUCCCUCUACCUCCUCUCAUUUUGGGUCUUUACUUUGAAGUUUGUUAAGCAUGAGCUGUUAUGUAGCCAGAGCUUUUAUUUUGCAUUCUGUUUUUUAUGGUUUGUAGUCUACUUUAAGCCCUCCCUGAUCGAAACAGAUUUUUGUACUUAAAUAUUUAUGUAGAAAUGAUUUUUAAAAUAUUCUUAAAAGAUCCCAGUUGGUCUAUUGUUGAAUUAUUAGUUGCCUUCCUUGUCUGUCUAUCUUGUUCCAAAGCCAUGAAGAAAGCUGUAUUGACUCGCUUUGUUGGUUACAUGUUUACAGUCUGAGAUCCAAAGUCCACUGUAUCGUCAUCUUGGUUUUGAGGCCUCUUCUAUGCAAGAUCCAAGGACUCCUUUUUACUAGAGCAUCAAAUGUGUGUUGCCACUCAAUUGCAAAACCGAGAUAGAUUUAUUUAUCUUUUCCCUGUGUCUCCUUACAGUUUUUGAGAGACUUACGGUGAGCCCGAUCCCCUCAGCCAUCAGAGAACUCCCGGCAACUUGAGGGCGAGUUUUGUCUACACUCAGGUGGCAGUAUUCUGAGCAACACGAUUGGCAGGGAGUAGGCGCCGUACAUUUUGGUGGAGCAAUUUGCUGAUCAAGCCAAAUCCUCUAGCUUUUAAUGCCUCUUUAGGCAGCACGCAGUUCUCUCGGCUCCUUGCUGCUUCAAGCUGGCACUUAGAAUGUGAAUUUAACAUCAGAUGUGCCUGUUCCCUUUCAGCCAAAGAUGUCUAUUACGCUUAUCAUCAUUCCGGCAUCCCGUGUUUCCUAUCUGGAACUCUUUAGUUCAGUAAGGGGGGAGAAAAAAAUAUCCCAACAUCUGACAUCGGCACCGAAGAAGAGGCUUCUCGUUUAAAUGUUCUUAUCCUUUUCCUCCUCUUCUCAGAUUCCCCACCUUCCAUUUAGCCGUCAGUUCUAUUCCCCCACUUAAAGGUCUGAAAUUAUUUAAAGCUGCAGAGUCACAAAAGUGGGGCUUCAAACCAAUAUGAUUUUCCCUCAAUAUCUUCACCUAAACCCUACAAGGUUUUUUGUUUUACGUCUGAGGGUAAACAAUGAUCUUUAAGAAAUGCAACUGAACUAGAAGUGCAACUUUUCUGUAAGCAAAAUUCAUUUGUGAAUUACUGAGCUAGGGGCCAAAACACCCAAAAGACCAAAAAGGAAGUAACUACAGUACUUCUCCCACUUGGAACGGUAAUUGAAUAUUGUGAUUUCAGAUUUGACAAUUUUGUAUUUUGUGCCUUGAACAUUAUUGCCUGUUUUGGACUCGGAAGAAAUAUUCUGUAAUUUUUAAUGUUGCAAGUGGCGUUAUCUUGUCGGGGGGGUGGGGAGGGAGGGAAUGAAUAUUACGUGCUGGAUAGCAAUAAUUUGUAACUCAAAUGUUUGUGCGUACUGAAAUAGCCAUAAGCAUUUAUGUCUUUUCUGUUUGACGGCUUAAUUGACAGUUAUAACUUGCUAAAACAUAGGGCUCUGAUCAGUGUACGAGGUGGACAGGAAAAGUAAACACUGAUGCAGUAUAUGAACAGUUAAGAUAGUGUCGAUGUUCUUUAGCACUAAGUGUGUUUAGCUGUGUUUAUGCUACAGAAGUGCAAUAUUUGAAACACUGUAGAUCUCUUAGAAAGUAGUUUGGCUGCAUCAUCUAACUCCAAAGAGGAAACCAGGUUUGAUUAAAUUAAUUGCACAUAUCUCAUUAAGUUACUCCUCUGUCUUAUGCUUCGAUGCAAAUGUCUGUCAGGUAGAUUGAUGCAGAUGCCUAGUGGCUGCUAUUUUUGUUUAUUUACCUUGCAUUGUUUUUGAUCAUUAACAAUUCGACUAGACAGUCAAACAGUUUCCCUCUUCGUCUGGCCAGAAUUGAACCUUAAAACUGCAGUAGGAAGGAAGAGGAAGAUCCCUACGUAGAGGAAAAUUGAGUCCUGGCACUUAGUCAGAAAAGAGCAUUCCUUAUACUUGAGAAAAAAAAAAAUGCCUUAACAUACAUACCACCUGCCCAGAACUUUGAAAGUCUUUAGAUGGCAGGUUUCAUUAACACAAAAGCUAUGUGUACUGAUAAUGAUGUAUUUUUUGUAGAAUUGUUACAUUUGAUAAUAAAAAAAACUCCUGACUAAUCUCAA